GAUAGAUGGCCGAUUCUGGUCGCUGUUGCAACAGGGUGCUCACUUUGAACACUCACUGUUGCAGCCUAUGGCUUUGACAUAGCAGCGAAAAUCUUUGACAUUUUUCACAUUUUUUUGAAAAGAAGCCCGACCAUACGCCCCUAGAAGAGCCCCAGAUGCUCGUUCGUGCCCGUGUUAGAGCCUCAGAAAGUCCCAGAGGACUCCGGGGUGAACCGAGCAACACACCGCACGAAUAACAGUUUUUUGGACAAGAUGACGGUUGAAAACGUUGCUGUUUUCCUCUCCGUAGUUGGCUCAGCCGGGAGUUGUUGGAGAUUUCACCGGAGCAUUUUCGGACCACCUCGAAGGAAACGCAGCGGGGAGACUUGUUGCUUCAACACGUUUGACGGGGCUUUUUGUUACCAUCGCCAUCGAAGUUUUGUGUCUCUCCCUAGUCUGCUCCAGGCUUCAGCUUGGAGAGCCCAACCGCCACAAUUGAUCCCAGCAGCUGGAGCGGCAGCGAGAGCCCUGCCGAGGACAUGGAGAGGAUGAGUGACUCUGCAGACAAGCCUGUAGACAAUGAUGCAGAGGGGGUGUGGAGCCCUGACAUUGAACAGAGCUUCCAGGAGGCCCUCGCCAUAUAUCCUCCAUGUGGACGCAGGAAGAUCAUCCUCUCUGAUGAGGGCAAGAUGUAUGGUCGAAAUGAGCUGAUAGCCAGGUAUAUCAAGCUUCGGACCGGGAAGACGAGGACACGGAAGCAGGUGUCUAGUCACAUACAGGUCUUAGCAAGAAAGAAAGUUCGAGAAAUCCAAGCUGCUAUUAAGGUACGUCUGGCUUUGCCCAGUUGCAGGGGGCUUUUCAUUGCCAUGGUUACAGGCUCUUCCUUUGUUUUCCUCCCCUCCCCUACCCUGCAGGUGUCUAGUCACAUUCAGGUUCUUGCCAGAAGGAAAUCUCGUGAGUUUCAUUCCAAGCUAAAGGUUACAAGUAUGGACCAAGCAGUGAAGGACAAAGCCCUCCAGAGCAUGGCCUCCAUGUCCUCGGCUCAGAUCGUCUCUGCCACGGCUAUUCACAACAAGCUCGGACUGCCAGGCAUCCCGCGCCCAGCCUUCCCUGGAGCAGGGCUAUGGCAGGGUAUGAUAUCGGCUGGUCAGCCAGGAUCCUCACAAGAUAUUAAACCUUUCACCCAACAAGCCUAUCCCAUCCAGCCAGCAGUCACAACAGCCAUUUCAAGUUACGAGCCCACAGCGGCUCCAGCUCCGACCGCACCAGCAUGGCAGGGCCGCUCCAUUGGAACAUCCAAACUCCGACUGGUGGAGUUCUCCGCCUUCCUAGAGCAACAGAGAGACCCAGACUCAUACAACAAGCAUCUAUUUGUACAUAUCGGACAGACAAAUCAUUCCUACAGUGACGCCCUGUUGGAGUCGGUGGACAUCCGUCAGAUUUAUGACAAAUUCCCAGAAAAGAAAGGAGGGCUGAAGGAACUUUACGGAAAAGGUCCUCAGAAUUCCUUCUUUCUUAUAAAAUUCUGGGCUGACUUGAACUGUAACGUUCAAGAUGAUACUGGGUCUUUCUACGGAGUCACUAGUCAGUAUGAGAGCUCAGAGAACAUGACCAUCACAUGUUCAACGAAGGUCUGCUCCUUUGGCAAGCAGGUGGUCGAGAAGGUUGAGACUGAAUAUGCACGGUUUGAGAACGGACGCUUUGUCUACAGGAUAAGCCGGUCUCCCAUGUGUGAAUACAUGAUCAACUUCAUCCAUAAGCUAAAACAUCUGCCAGAGAAAUAUAUGAUGAACAGCGUGUUGGAGAACUUCACUAUCUUAUUGGUGGUGACGAAUAGGGACACCCAGGAGACGCUGCUAUGUAUGGCGUGUGUGUUUGAAGUCUCAAACAGUGAGCAUGGCGCCCAGCAUCAUAUCUACAGACUGGUAAAGGAAUGAAAGGCUCCAAGCCUCCUCCUCCUCCUCCUCCUCCUCCUCCUCCUCCUCUUUUCAUAGACUUACCAACCUCAAAACAAGUGGCAGUGCCUCUACCUGAAAGUCACACCUACAAUGCUUUUUGGUCAUCGGGUGAAGUCGGUUAUAAAAUUGUUUUAAUAUAAAGUGUUUGUUAUUUGACUGCAGCUGUGAAUUGCGGUACAGUUGUUUUAUGUUAAAAUAUGGGAAUUCUUGUUUAAAAUAUGUUCUCCGUUGGGUAUAAAUGUGGCCGUUGUUAAAAAAUUUACUAGAUUGAUUUGGUAAAUGGAAAAUAUGUAUGUUGUCUCUUUCUGCUUUGUUAUGUAGACUAAGAAAAAAAAGGAUGCUGCCUUUUCUAUCAGCGGCCUGAUGUGAUUAUGUGUUCAUUUGUUUGACUGUGUUUUGUACGUCCGUACUUCAUAAUUUCGUGAGCAUACACACCGUCGAUAUACAGACGUGCACCCACAGCCAAUAGAUUUCCAAAGAAACAAAACUAACAACACUACAAAGAUGGUAGUUGGAGGAGAGUAGUCGUUAAUCUCGCAGAAUUACUGCUAUUUCUUUACAAACCAACCCAGCUUACAUUACUAUAUUUAUCCCUGUUGAAGCACUCCAAGUCUUAGACACUAACAGAAUUAAUGCACUGUGAAAAUACCGCAAAUAUUUUUUGCAUUUGCUCGACAAAAAGUCUUACCACCUUGCUAAGCAUUUCUGUCCUGUAAACGAGUCCUUUCUCUGUGACAGCCGACAGGAGGAUAAUUGGGUUUUAGACAGAUGACUCUCAUCUCGUCCAAAAGCACUUUGUUCCCCCUUCCUGAGCUUGCCUUAGUGAUGCUUACUUUCCCCCCUCAUCUGUGGUUUCCGAAUAAUAGUUUUUAAAAAAAUCCUAACGGUAUAAAUCACUUUUAAAACGGCAGGCCUGGCUCAGUCCGCUGUGGCUUCGCCCCCCCGUGGAAGACUCGCCUAUAAUAACUCCAAGCCAGAGUGUUGCUGCCUUUCACACUCGCGUUGUUCACAUGUUUCCGUGGCCUACACCGAUCCCCCAGCCUUAAACAUGUUAUAGCUGUGUGAACUCCAAAAGAUGCCACUAAAACUGUGAUCUCUACACGGGAGGACUCUUUAUAUGUCUGUGCAAGGAAUUCACAUUAUUAUCUGCCAAAGGGUAGAUGUACAGUGCCUUAGACUAUACUCUAACGUUACCCUUUGUUUUCUGUGGAUGAAACAGGCAAAAACAACUCGCAUCUUACAAAAAUCACGUUUCUUACAACCGGUACACUCCGAGGAAUACAGCUGUCCUUGUUAAGUGGCAGUAUACCUAUGUGACAUUAAGUUAUGAUAAGAGUUAUAAUACAGGUUAUAUUUUCUCUAACGCUGUAAGCCUUUUUUCAAAGAGUGUACUAUAAACACAGACUUGACUGCCUCUCCUGUUGUAGAUGACCAAAAAAAGAGAUACAGUCAAUCUUUCGUCAUGUCCUGCAUGGUAGCAAGGAAGUGCCUUUGGUUUUAAAAUUUCCAGCUUCAAAAUCAUCGAAACAGAAAUUACAAAUUAAAUGUUGCUAGACCAAAAAAAACAAAAAAACCAGACAUAAGUGAAACCAAUCACCACAUUGCCUUUGAGAAGGAUUGUACUGACAGCAGAGGACGGCUGGUUACUGGUAAGAAUAAAUAAAUAAAUAAAUAAAUAAAUGAUAUAUUAAUUUUAAUUUUGAGAAUUGAUUUCACAAAUUUAGUAUUUGAAGAAAAGACUGAAAGACCUGCUGAUAAUGUACCGCUGCUGACUGCGUGCAGGACUCAUUGAAACACUGCAGCUGUCUGCUCCGUGCACACUUGCAGGUUCAAGUGUUUGAUUUUUUUCUUGUUUUUUUUUUUUCCCUCUUUCCCGCGACCACACGCUCGCACGAUUUGAGAAAAAAAAAAAAAAGGAACCACAAACAUCACACUUUCACAAUGUUACCGUUGAUGAUGCAGCUGUGAUGUCGGCGUGGCAGAGACCCAACACAAGCUUUUUUAUCAUUUCAUAUCUUUCAGGGUGGAAAGUGAAAGGUUAUUUAAUUCUAACAGUUCGAAACUGUUUUAAUGCAGUCACGUCUGAAACUGUUUGGGAAACUAAUUUUUUCACAACUGCUAAUGUGGACGAGGCCGUCGAGGUUAAUACUUUUCACCACAAGAACCGUAGCUAUUCAGACAUUUAAUUAUAAUCAUCUAAAGUAUUUUAGCCGAAGAAGCUCUAAGUAAUUGCAGACAAUGUCUCUGGUGGAUGCAGAUAAAGUUCAAUCAUUCAGUAUUUUGCCACAGUCCUGUGGACGCUGAGGCUUUCUUUAUGUUUACCCUGUGUAUCUGUUCACAUUUAUUGAUUAUUUAGUGAGACGUUCCUGUUUUUCUUAUUGUACUUGUAUACAGUUGUACUUGGUUUCGUGAUGACAUCAUCUUGUAUAUUGCAAGCCGAAUAAGGCGGUAAUGAUGUUGCUGCUGCACUGCUGGUACAUUUUGACAUGUCGUUUCAACACUACAACAGCAGGACUGAUGCCUUCGCUGGCGAGAAUGUCUUGUGGACCAUUCGAGGAGGAAAUGGACACGUUAAAAGAAAAAAAAAAAGAAGCAAAACGUUGAGGAAUCAUGCUACAAACAUAUCAGCAGUUUAGCUCGUUAUUUGUAAUUCUGUUGAAGAGUAGGUACUGGUACCUUUUUGUUUUAUGACCAUUUUUUCAGAUGGUGGCUUUAAAGUGACUUUUCACACAGCUCACAUAGUUAUCAUACACACAUUUUGGGUUUUGUGUGCAAAUUUGUUUUUUUUUGUAAAAAGGUGCUUUGUACAAAAAUUAUAUCUUAGCUUUUUUUCUUGGUACAGAUGUGUGAUAUCUUUUUCGUAUCCCUGACGGUAAAAAGUGUUGGAGCAAAGGAGAGAAAAGAGGCUCUGCGAUGUUUCCGUGUUUCUGCAUUAUGGUCUUGUCUUUGCUCCGUAACAUUAUGAUGCCUUCUUGAUAAUAGUAGAUAUUUUGUAGCUUUCUAGAUACUUUGUAUGUAUGCAAUAUUGCAGUUAAAUAAAUCUGAAAAAUAUUGCCUCC